ACUCCAACAGAGAUUGAAAACAACCAAGUAGAAACAAAGAAAGACAAUUUGAAUAAACAAGGCGCUACUGAACAACUUAAGACAUCCGUUUCAAGGAAAGCGAGAAAGACUUCUUGGAGCUCAAGCGAUACGCAGCGAAAUGGUUUGAUAAAAAAUCCUUCUCCACCGCGGCGAAGAUAUACGGUGGGUUCAGUUUCUGGGGACAAUAAAAAUUACAAUGAGUCACAGAAUAAUUCAAACCUCAACAAAAGGAGGUCUGUCCAAAGCCUUGGAUCCACACCAUUAAACAGUCGCUUGAUUACAGGUGAAAGUAAACACUCCCCUGAAAUUAUGAUCAACAAAAAGAAAUCAGAACGAAUCGAUUUGUCUUUUAAAAUUGACCCAAGGAAAAGAUCGCAAACUUGCGGAGAGCUCGCUAGCAUUGAAAAUAACAGUGGAGAUACGACACCGGAGAAAGACUCCCGAAGAUUUGACGGCGAUCACAGGGCUGUAGACAACGUUCAUUCGGCCCUUGCCGGAUCUCCACCGAGGUCUCCAAAAGUGCCAGUGAGGAAAAUCUCUGAAAAUAGCUUGUCUAUUCUGAAGAAUGCAGGUGUAACCACAAACACGGACGAAAAUUAUUCACUAAGUUCUCCCGUGAGGCGAGUUUCUACGUCAAUAAUUGAAGGGGCGAAUUCACCAUCAAAUUCUCGAGUUAGAUCUGUGGCAGACAAGGGGAUAGCACAAAGUUUAAACUUAGCAUCUCCACCGCAAAUGCGUAAAUUUAGCUCCCCGAAGCCACCAUCGGGGGAAAGACAUGCACAGCUAGCCGUCAGAGCAAAUCGCUCUCUAAGUAAGUCUGCUCUGGAUCUCCGCAAGAUUGGAUCUGAAGAAGAAACUGUCGAAGUAGGAAGACCCGCUAGUGUGUCGUCCCCACCACAUCCGCACAGAGCUAGUUCAUCUCUGGGUAUCAGUGUUAGCCUUUCCAUGAGCAAGUCUGAAACUGAUCUUCGCAAGCUUGUGUCUGAUGAAGAAGAGAUGGAAAGAAGAGGAAGUUUGUCAGCUCACUCAUCGCCUCGCAUGUUGCGCCGAAGUAGCAAUUGUCAAAUUCAAAAAAGUGCACCAACCUGUCCUGUGACUCCCCAGCAGGAGCGCAAGAUUUUUAUGGCAGCUGCCAAGCAAGAAGCGCGCCUACCAACACGGGCCAAGGCCAGGAAUGACCUUCAAGCUACAUCACAGCUGAUAAUUGAACAGGCAGAGAAGGAACUGAACAAGUUCAGCGAGCGCUUGCCGCACAUCUCUAUGGAACAAGUGAUGAAAACUUGGCAGAUCACAAACAGCAGGCAUUGGAAUAUGGUAUCAACUGUAGUGAAUCCACAUGCAAAAGGGAAAAAUAGUGGGACAAAUAUGGAAGAGGUUAAGGACUGCAGAUACGUACGGGAAUCUGUAGUAACGCAGAAGAAGAAAAAGUUUUCACGCUAAUAAGCUGCCUCGUUCCCACGCGUUUUCGGCUUGGUCAAACCUGGACUCUACCGUGAGAUAUGACGUCACCGAGAGAGACUCGCCUACCUUUUCCCAGACUUCGCGCAGACAACGGGCAAGAGAGAACGCUUAGUGACUGGGCGUACUAAAAAGUAUACUGAGCGUUUUCACUCACGUGACCAGCAUCUAUACAGAGUUUAACUCCCAAAGAAUUGGCUUGGAGAACCCAACGUAGCCUCGUUUCAUUGUUUUGAAACACCAAUAUGGCCGCUGUGGAGUCAUGUGAAAACGCUCUAUAAGCACAUUUAAAUAUUGACGUAAUCUAGUAAACUGAACUACCAAGCCGAAGCGAGGCAACAAGCAGUCAAUUCAACUCAAUGCCAAUCAAGGCUUACCGCUAAUAUCUCGGCAUAGCUAUAAAUGCUAAAAGACCGUCAACGUAAACAAGAACUAUAUUAUUUUUUCAAAAUUUAUAGAAACGUUGACGGGAAAGAUUUCUCAAAGGUUGUGUUUCACGAGAUACUCUGCACAAUUCACCACAGCUCACGCAAAAGACUCACCCCUCAAUCAAAGGAUGUGAAUGCUUAGUGCAAAAGAAGGAACACACAUAUCAUGACAGAAGCAUAUAAUAUGACCAUGACCAUUGCUGAUGUUUUCAUAUUCACUAAAUAAAGAUGAGAAUUUAGGGGUUUUAUCGAUUGUCAAUUAAUUAUGUGUGGCUUUAGUAGUCCAAAAACGGACUUGCGUCCUAAGUAAAAGCGGCUUUGCACUGGCACAUAGUUAAACAACCUGUUCAUUUGAGAGUAACGAUCGAAAAUGUACUCGCUCCUCCUUCAGCUUUUUUUUUUUGUACAAUUGAUUAGGUUUUUUUCUUUCUCCCUAAACUUGGAUGCGAUCCAUUAGAUUACAAGUCCAGGAAAUUCACUUAAAUUGGCAAAUUACCGAAGUGAACUUUAAUUGUCGCGAUGAACUACUCCGAUACUGAGCAAUUUCUCCAUUUUCCGAAGUAAGUCUUGAAGAUAGACCUUUUCGCGGGCGCCACAGUUGAUAAUCAAAUUGUUUGCCACCACACACGCGUCGUUCCAGAAGGCUAAUCUUAAGGGAGAAACACUUUUUAUAUCACGGUACUGAUCUUUUUUUUCGUGAUAUGUACUUGAGCCGUGGGCAUGAGGAUAACCCUGAAGAUCGUUUGGUGACAAAAUUAUCGACUGAAGGAAAUGGCUGACCUAUAUGUUUCUAAGUUAACAUGAGUGUGUACUUUCCUGAGGUCAGCCCAGUUAACGAAGGGAACUGAGUAACUGGACUCUUCUUUCAGCCACGCAACAACACGAAAUACGCGUGCACAGCUACAAAGUUUGUCAGAAAUAAACACUCGAUCUGUUGACGGGGUAUCCAGAUCGAGGGGGCAAUAUGAACAGGUUCUGGAAGGAGAGGGGGGAUCCCGCAUUCCUGUUCCUUAUUCACGAAAUCCCGCAUCCCGUCUUUUUUUUUUAUCGCCUUCUCGAAUACCGGUUUUUUUUAAAUACUAAUUGCUGUAAAACCCGUUUAAAAAUGUAAGAUAUAGAUUGGCUCUUUCGAUUGAUACAGGAGAGAAUGAUCUAGCUCAUUCUCUCUUAAUUGAUAUUACAAAUUUACGCGUGUUUUAACUUGCCAUUGCAAAAAAGAAAUUGGUUUUCAUACUUCAGUAUGACGAAACGGAGGGGGAAAGGAGGAAGAAAAGAAGAGGGAGAGAGGAGGGUUUCUUCACCCUCACUCCCAACUCCAGCCCCCUUGAUGUUUUUUUCCUGCUAACUAUUCUUUGCGCAUGCGCCGCCCCGUGGGGCAAAAAGAAUACAACCUACUCCCGGAAGACAUUCUCAAGCUUUAAAAGGAAAGUCGCCGCCCACCUUCUUGGAAACACUUUAGCUUCUUAAACUGAAUCGAAUCACAUUUUCCAUAACAGUAUAACUCAUGUAUAUAUUUCUAUUAGUAACACAUGUAAAUAUUUUUGCUCGGAUGUGAUCUUAAUAUUGUAUAUUUUAAUUGUAUUACGACAGAAUAGCCCCGUAUAGAGGAGUCACCCGCGUAAUAAAGUGUAUGUUACCACCUGCACGCCUGGAAAAGGCUGUGUUUUCCCGGAUCCCGAAAUUACUCUUCUGUUAGCUAUCUCCUGGUCUUCCCGGUCGGAAAUUAAAUGACGCUGGCGGCUGUUCGCAGCGGCAAGCCAAAUUAUGAAUGCUUUUAAAGCCCGUUAUAUUUACUGAACGCCGCUUUAAUAAAAGAAGGGAUUACCGCUUCGGCGUUUUUUGUAAAGCGACCGAAAAAAAUGACAUUUGAUCCCACUUCCGCCGAAACUAGAGAGAACAGUUAUGCAUAUAGCCUCACACCCUUCCGCCACGGUCACCCAUGCAAAAUUACGUCACCCACGCCACCCUUCUUGGAAAACGACUCAUAUCCAUUUGACUGCUAAUCCUUGCUGGUUCAAUCAGUAUUCUCACUGAAAAUUAAAGUGGGUCAAGAGGAAUCCGGCUGAACUGAAUCAAGGAAAACCGUGAGUAAUAUUAAGCACUUCAUGGUCUGUUAUUUUAGUACUGUAGGUAUCAUGAACCAGAUCACCACUUCAUUUGAAAGUCUUCACUCCGCGGUCUUCGCAAAAAGGUUCACAAUUCGGAGUUCAAGCUACACGAUUUAAUUGAAAUAAAAGUUAACUUCUCUUUUUAAAGGCAAUCUUGAGAGCCAUGCCGAUUAGACGCGGCAGUUCCCGGUUGAUACUGUGAAUUAAAGUGAACUUAAAAAAUACUCUGGUCAAUACUUUUAGUCAGAACUAAUCAGUAAAGCACGUAAUUCGAGUUUUAAAAUGGCGCGGGCAAGUUUGCUUGUUUGUUUUUGUCAGCAGUACGUUUUUAAAAUGCUGUACGUCUCAGCUUGUUUGGACUGUUAUCUGUUUCGUAACAAAGAGCUGUCAGUCGCCGAAAUUUUUAAGAAUUCAAACAUUUGGGUUUCAUUCAAUCACCACAUUUCUAUUUUUAUUCACCCGUUGAAGGCUCCGCGCUUGUUGAAUUAUUCAUUUUUCAAAGUUUUCAAAUUUUUCAAAUUUUGCAUACCGGUAACUUGUUUGGGGGCGCCGGACUACCGCAUUCCAGCGCAUACCGGCCAAGAGCACCGGAACAAGAUACUUGUGAAAAUUUGGGGGGAGGACAAACAGAGUGUAUUUUGCAUGGUGCUCUGCUUUGUUAAUUCAGUGUACAAUUCGUAAACCAUUCCAAAGAGACUUAGAGGUUUUAGAUUAAGCAGCCUUUUUUGCUUUGAACUGCAACAGUGAUCUGUUUGUCAGAGGGCUUGGACUAGGCGGAGAGGACCCUGGGAACGACUUUAGGAGAACAUGUUACACACUUUUCUCUUUCAGUGCUCCACUUUUCCCAGCCUUAUACUGUAAUCAGUUUUUCAGCAUAAAUAUUGUUUGCAGUUUCAUGUGUCACGGUCAAUGUAGACCAUGUGCCGGGGGGUAUACUUCCUUACAAGAUGGGGAUGUGCCGCUGGAUGGGUCCGUAUUUUCACGACUGGAUUGACUAUAACGGGGACGCAUUUUCAAUAGAGUUACUAGAGAUCACUAGAAUGGGACCCAAGUGCCCCUCCCCCCCGGGACCAUGUGACUUCUCUUUGUUUUGUUUACUUUUUGUUUACACUCCAAAUUUUCGGCGAGAUGGAACUAAUUUACAUUUCUAGGCCUGUGACACUGAGUUUUCAGUUUUUCAGUUUUCAGUUUUCGUUAGAACGAACCCCCCGCUGAGUCAAAUUUUUCACUUGAUCGAAUGCUACAUGUUUACCCGAAGGUAUUACAAAUACAAUCUUAAUUACUUGAUUGAAGCGUGAUACGUGAGCCAAAUGGAACUCACAGCUAUUUUGUUGACAUGACAUGGGUGUAAUUGCUUGCUGUGACCUUAUUAGGCCAGCGGAAACAUUCGAGAAGCUGCUAAAAUAAUCGAAUGUUUACUCGAUUAGUCAUAUCCGCUAAAAAUGAACUAAGAUCCUUAAAACUAUAAAAACCAUUAAAAAAAAAGGGAAGAAAAUGGAUUGAACUUCUUCUGGCAGGCUUUGUAUGAGUUGAUUUAGUCGGCGAUUUCUCACAAUACUUAUGUCAUUGUUUUUAGGACCACCAAAGCUGUACCCAAGAUGAGCUUGAAAACAAUGUCACGAUUGCCACAGAUUUCUGUAACUUCGCCACGGGAAUCGAUCAAAAAGGCAAUAUUUUUUCCUUCAAGAGGAAACGUGGCCAGAGAAAAAACUGACCCCCUUCCGAGUGGAGACAAUUCGUCUGAGAACAAAAUUUUAAAGGAUAAAAAUUCGGAAGCUGUAAACAAAAAUAACACGCCGUCUGUUUUGCUUCGCGUGAAACCAAAUCCACGACAAGUUGAGCCGGGUCAUCUCAUCACGGAUCAGUACGUGCCUAACAAAGAAAAUGUGUUAGAUUAUCGAUAUCAGCAGCGUCACAAAAAGAGCGUCAUCAUAACACGCGAAGGUCUCGCUCCAGCUAGCAAAGCCCGUGAGCGAGAACACGUUUCUACAGUUUCUGGAAACAUGUCUGGCGGUAAAACACAGCCAAAGAAAGUCAUAGUUACAGCUGGGUCUUUGAGGGCGCGAGAUCAAUCCUUUCGGGCAACAUCCUCGGGCAAUGAACAAUUCAGGGGUGUUAUUUCAGGACAUGGCAUGUCUCGAGUUCAAGACUCUGGUCUACCUAAGUAUACCCCAAAAGAUACAGAUAGACUUUCAAGAAAUUCAGUCAGUGUUAAAGGAAUCAGCAAGUCCAAGGAAAUAGUAAAAAAAGAGGAGAAGUUAAAACCACAGGUUCAUCACGCGCUUCUGCAUUCAAAACAUAGCGGAGGGCACGAAGAGCGAACACGAAGAAGAGUUUCACCCGGAUCACCGCUGAAACAAAUGACUGAUGAAUCUCCUUCGAAGGGUGGAAGGAGAUACUUAAAUAUCAGUCCGAAACCUAAAGAUUCUGGAAUUGAAAGAAAAUUGAAAACUCCGAAAAAGGUUACACCGAUUCCUUCUCCCGCUGCGCGCCACGGGCAAAACGACGAUUCCGCCAGGGGAAGUUCAGAGGAUCUGGUCCCAGUCAUGGAGUUACCUAAAGUAACUAUGAAUGAAGUGCUACAAUCAUGGAAUAUAGGACCGGCGAGGAACAGAACAUCAAGUCUCGCGGGAAAAGACCCAAUGGAAUUUUUAUUAUCGAGGGAGCGCUCCGAUUCUGAGCCGAAACAAAGAACGACAACACUCGAAGAACUCCGGAGAUGUCGAUACUUACGAACAGGCGGAAAAGACGAACAAGAGCUCAAACACAGUAAAAUUUGUUCGUGCAAUUCAUGUGAACAUGGGGAAGGCUUGAAGAGCACGCCAUAUUUAAAUUCUUAG